UCCGCCCUCUCCCUCCUCUCAAUCGUGAGCUGCCCUGCUGUCAUGGGGGAAAACGACGACAGUGAGAUUAUCGAGCAUCAUGUAGCCGAGGACAUGGAGAAGAAAAGGACGAGGAGCCAUGCCUCCUCCUUCAUGGAGAGCGCCAGUCCGUCUGAGGCGGACGGCCGCAGCAGUACGCAGUCCUCCCACCGGCUACUCGCAUACAGCGAUGCGCUUAUCUCCAUCAUAGCCACCGUCAUGAUAUUGCCUGUUGCGCAUACCAAAGUGGAAGACAACGAGGAGCUGAAAGAAAGUGUUCAGCUUCUACUGACGACGAAGAUCGCUGUGUACUUAAUGACAUUCCUGAUAGUCACUGUUGCAUGGGCUGCCCAUAUCAGGUUAUUUCAAGUGAUUGUGAGAAUCGACGACUGCCUUGCACUUCUCAAUCUGGCCUGCAUGAUGCUGAUAACCUUUCUACCAUACACGUUCUCCCUGAUGGCAACCUUCCCUCAGAACAUCCUGGGGAUUUUGCUCUUCUGUGCUUGUGUGAUCGUGAUAGGACUCAUCCAGGCGGUGAUUGUGGUGUAUGCGUUCAGCCGUCCUUUCCUCCUGAAUGAGCAGAUCCAGAUCUCGGAGAACCAGACUUUCUACAAACACCACAUCCUCAAGGUCAUCAUGAGGGUGCCCAUCAUGUGCCUCUUUGCCAGCAUCUUCUCCUUCAUAUUCUUUCAGCUGUCCUACGUGCUGUUGGCCGUUGUGAUCUUUCUGCCCUACAUCUCCCAGUCUUUGAAAUGGUGUCGCAGCAAAGCAAUCGGCCAGGUGGAGGAGACCCCUGACUCCAUGUUGUUCUACACCUACCACCCUAAUGAACCACUCAGCAAGGAACGGGUGGAGGCUUUCAGUGACGGAGUUUUUGCCAUCGUAGCCACGCUGCUCAUCCUGGACAUAUGUGAGGACAACGUCCCGGACCCGUCAGUGGUGGAGAGGCUGUACAACGGCUGUCUGAUUGCGGCGCUGCAGGACUACGGCCCGGAGUACCUGGCCUACUUUGGCUCCUUUGCCACAGUUGGCCUCCUCUGGUUCGUCCACCACUCCCUCUUCCUCCAUGUCACCAAGACCACGCGCUUCAUGGGCCUCCUCAACACCUUCUCCCUGGCCUUUGUUGGCGGUCUGCCGCUGGCCUACCAGCUCACGCACGAGUUCCCGCGCAACUCCCGCAAUGAGCUGGAGGCCAUUCAGAUAAGCUGCGUCAUCAUCUUCUUCGCGGGCAUAUUCCAGCUCGCCAUCUGGGUGGUUGCACUUUAUAGUGAACAGGAAACACUGCACCCGUACGUAAGAUACGGCGGGCGCGAGCACGUGUUCAUGCUCGCCAAGCUGGCGCUGUACCCGUGUGUAGCGCUAGGGACCUUUUUCCUCACAUGUAUUCUGAGUAAAUUUAGCGCCCCCAUUUUCCACCUAAUGGAGAUCACAGUGCCUUUUGCGUUUCUGGUGUUGAGGCUGUUGGUCCGUGUCGGGUUAUUGCUGCUGCGGCUCGUUUUCUGUCCUCACAGGGCUGACCCAACGACUGCUCUAGAGGAGGAGGAGGAGGAGGAGACCAGGAUGCCCUUUAACGCACUUGUCACCUAG